UCAGAACACUCUUAUAGUCAGAUACUCAGAUUGAGAGCAUCCAUUGGGAGACACACCAGGGUCAUCUGUAUUGCUGUCGAAAAUCUGCAUUACUUAAAAUGAAGACGCUUUUGUUGUCCAUCGCAUUUGCCUGCAUUCUUAUUGGUGCGCUGGAAGCAAAACCAAGGCAAAUACCAAAUGAAGAUUCAGAAUCUGUUGAAGAAUGUGUCUGUUUGAAUGGAGGAACAUGCGCAUACUUUCGUCUUUACGGAAGACCGUACAGGUGUGUCUGCCCCUUGGGUUACGCUGGAGAACAGUGUGAAAUAGAUAUUGGAUCCAAGUGUUACGAUGACACUGGCAAGGACUACAGGGGUAUUGUGUCGAAGACAAACCAUGGCAGGGAGUGCCUGUACUGGGACGCUAAAGAGUUAAAGAACAGUUAUUUCAACGCACACAGAGCCAACGCAUUGGAACUCGGUCUUGGCAGACACAAUUAUUGCAGGAACCCAAGCAACGGCAGGAAACCCUGGUGUUAUUUCAAAAGUGGAAGAAAGGUUUUAACCAUGCAUUGUGAUGUACCACAGUGUGAGAAAGUAGAACCCACAGUUCCAGUACCCACCUGUGGUCAGCGUCAGCACAAAAUGUACAAGGUCGUGAGAGGAGGUAGUACCCCCAUCGAAUCCCAGCCAUGGAUGGCAGCACUUUACCAGAUCUCCAGGAGACACAAACAGGAAAAUUUCCUAUGUGGAGCCAGCCUUAUAAACCCCUGCUGGGUGAUGACAGCAGCACAUUGCUUCCCUGACGCGGAUUUCGUGGAACCCAAAGACUAUGUCGUCAUACUCGGAAAGUCUAACCUCGAUGAGACCAAUUUAGAGAAAGAACAAAAAUUCUUAGUGGAAAAGAUUAUUCGCCAUGAAAAUUUUAAUGACCUCACUGGAGCAUUGGACAAUGAUAUCACAUUGAUAAAAAUACGCUCCACAUCCGGCCAAUGUGCAUCUCUAACAAACUCUGUACAAACCAUCUGUCUCCCUCCAUCUGAUCUAAAGCUGAGGGAAGGUACCAAGUGUGAAAUUGCUGGAUUCGGGAAAGAGUCAUAUAAUAGCAUUGUUUAUUCUCAACUUCUGAAAUCUGCCUCAGUCCAGCUGAUCUCCCAGCAGGUGUGUCAGUCAGAUAAAUACUAUGGGAAACUUUUGAAUAACAAUAUGUUUUGCGCUGGAGACCCUGAAUGGAAGGUCGAUGCUUGUAAGGGGGAUUCCGGUGGACCUCUGAUAUGUGAAUACAAUGGACAGAUGGCGCUGUAUGGCAUUAUUAGCUGGGGGGAGGAAUGUGCAAAGGAGCACAAACCCGGGGUGUACACACGUAUCACGCAGUACCUGCCCUGGAUAAACGAGAAGAUGGCAGAGGACAAUACACCGCGUAGUAAGAAAAUCUUAAAAUGAAAACCAUUUUGAAUUCCUUCUUGGUAACAGCUCAAAGCGAUCAGCGAAAUCUCUUAUCUCUCCAUCGCCAGUGGAGAAUCGCAGACCUUGUUUA